GAGAUAACCAUCCUCCAGCGGUGUGGGUCACACGAGAACGUGUUGCAGCUCUUCGACGCGUUUGACACGCCUCGGCGUGUGCUGCUCGUGAUGGAGCUCGCGACGGGCGGUGACCUGCUCGGCUGGGCGACGGACGUGCACCGGCCGUUCAGCGAACGGCACGCUGCGAGCGCGACGGUUCAAAUCCUUGGUGCCAUUGCUUUCCUCCACGCUCAGGGCAUCGUUCAUCGCGACAUCAAACCUGACAACGUCCUCGUCCGGGACCGAGGGAGCUUUGUGAUCAAGGUUGCCGACUUCGGAUGCAGCAAGAUUCUCCCGAUCGCCAAGAGGGGCGCUCUCAUGGAGACCUUCGUCGGAACCAAAGUCUAUGCCGCGCCCGAGAUCCUCCGGCACGAGCCCUACGAU